AUGCUAGUUGAGGUUCCUGUCAAGGUAUCAAAGCCAAGAUGUGCCCGAAUCACCGAUAUAUACAACAGGGUCAUUGAAGGAAAGCUUCUGUCUACAGAUCCACCCAACUCAGCGGAGACUGGCUUGCGUUCGUCGGAAUACCCCACCACGUUAUCUAUCAUCGAAGACUUAGCUAGGAAGGCUGAGGUUGUUGAGAUUGAUCCAGAAGUCUCUAACAAUGACGAUGAGGACCCUGGCAAUGUAAAAAAUUAG